AUGAGUGAAUUUAAACUAAUGGAAAUUGAAUCGUACAUUUUAAAUUUCAAAGUGAGACACACAGAAAUAUUAAAAUAGAAAUUGCAAAAGCUCCAUGAGGAAGAAUCCGCAGAUUAAUUGUAGCCAUUUUACUAAGCUUUCCUAAAAAACUGUAGAGACUAUUUACAUCAAAAAUUAAAAUUGACUACUAAAAAAGUUCUAGAUGAGGAUCUCUUAGAACUUCUUAAAGUAAAUAUUUUUUUGGCUGAAUUAUCUUAUACAAUUUGCAAAGAUGUGCCAGAUCUCAAAUCAUACCCACUUACUUUUAGUGAAGAUAUUUAUGAAUGCUUGUCUCUUUCAGAACUUCAGGAUUACUUUAAUAAUUUAUAUAGUUAGAUAGCCACAAUAUCAAAAUUCUAAGACGAAAACAAAUAUGUUUUGCUGAGAAUUUGUAAUUCCAUGCUCAAAAGACUAUCAACAACACAUGACACAUUUUUAAGAGGAUAAGUUUAAAUAUUCUUGACCCAAAUAUUCUCAACAAUACAUCCAUCCUUGAGGAAGAAGCCAAUCAAUAUAAGGGAUAGAGGCUUUGACGAGGAAGCAGUAAAAGUCAAUGCUUCAUUGCCAUAUUCUUUCUAUAAAAAUUUUUGGACUUUACAAAAAUACCUUAAUAACUCUGAAUUAAUUUUUAGAAACAAAGUAGAAUUCGAUGAUAUUGGAGAAGAAGCUGGUUAAGUGUCUUAGAAUGUGUCUGAACCCUAAAGGACAAAGAAUCUAUAAGCUGUCAUAAAAGUAAUAAUGAGAGCAUUGCAAUAUUUCAAAGAGAAUCCUAUCGAACCUGAGAUUAUAACUGUGAAAAGGUUUCCUAAGUUCCUAACAAAAUACUCUUUAUUCAAAAAUUAACUUAAUGAUCCUUACUUUAGAAAGUUAUUCUUAAAUUAAGUUUUAUUGUUUAUUUUUGUAGCAGAACUUGAAAAUCAAGAAAAAUAAUUCAUAUAAAAUUUGAAAAUUGAAGUUCAAAAAUAAUUAGAUGAAUUAGGAGAUAAAUUAGGAGAAAAAGUUUAACAUUUAAUUGAUACAGAACGAACUUGGCGACUUUGGGUGACAGAAAAACAAUGUUUUGAUGAUGGCUAUGAAAAACUUAGCAUUAAAGCAUCUGAGAAAGCCAAAAAAAAAAGAUAAGAAAUUCAGAAAAGAAUUUACGACGAUCUCAAAUAUAAAUAGACUGAUGCAUUUCAAUACAUUCUCCAAGAUCAAGGAAGACCUUAUAAAAUUGAAACUAAUCCUAUUGAACCUGGAUUAAAUUAUUAUUUAAAUGAAGUGUUUUAUUAAUUAGAUCAAAAUCGUAAAAUAGCUGACAACGAAAGAUGUAAGAAUAUGAAAGAUUACGCAUGGAAAUCAGUGAGGGUCAUCUCCAAAUUUAUGUUAAAAGAACUUAAAAUAACAAACCUAAUAACAUAGGAUUUGAAGCCAUUACCUAAUUUAGAAGACAUAGCAGAAAAUUUGAAGAAUGCUGGAAACGAGAUGACAUCUGAAAGAUUAUAAUAAUCUAAUAAUAACAACAAUAAUAACAAUAAUAAUAAUAAUACAAAUAAUAAUAACAAUAAUAAUAAUAACAAUAACAAUAAUAAUUCUGUUACAAUUAAACCUGUUCACAUCAAUUAAUAAAUACCUAACUAGAAGUGA